ACACAGAUGAGUUUUAGUCAAAGCCAGAAGCUGCAUCUGGUCUCUUUUCACUCCAAACGUCAAGAAGAUGUUUCCAACGAUGCUGAAGAUCUUUCCAAUUCUAGCCACCCUUGCAGGUCACGUCCACGGAGUUGUGGUGACCGUUCCUGAGAAGACAGUGAACGUCAAGACCGGCGGGAACGCAACCCUUCUCUGCACGUACACGAGUUCACAGCCGCUGGGAAACUUCUUCAUCCAGUGGAGCUUUUACAGCGCCAAAGAGAGCCAACUGCACACCCCUUCCCCGUGUCAUGGUAUUCUGAGUAUGGAUGAAAAAUCAAUCAGUCAAUGUCAAAAGAUGGUGUAUGUGACAGAUGCGCGGGGAAGAUGUAGCUGGAGAUACAAGAUCUACUAUUAUUCAGAAGGACAGUCUUAUUCCUAUGGAGAGUUUAAGGACAGGAUCACAGCUGCAACAAGUCCAGGGAACGCAUCAAUAACGAUCUCCAACAUGCAGCCCUCAGACACUGGUUCCUACACCUGUGAAGUUUUCAGCCCCCAGGAUGAUGCUGGACAGAGUCAAAAAUCAGUGAUUGUCAAUGUGCUGGUCAAACCCUCAAAGCCUUUCUGCAAAAUAGAAGGAACGCCUGAAAAAGGCCAUCUAAUCUACCUCUUAUGCAAGUGUGACCAAGGAUUGCCUCACCCCACCUACCGCUGGUACAAAGUAGAUGAGAAUACCCUCACGCCGGUGACUGAAUACUUCAAUCCAGACACGGGCAUUCUGUACAUUGGCAAUCUCACUACCUUUGAAACAGGACACUACCGAUGCAUAGCCAGCAACAUCAUGGGGAACAGUACUUGUGAGCUCGACCUAACUUCAAUGCAUUCUGACGGUAAUAUUGUUGCUGGAGCAUUAAUUGGAGCAAUUCUGGCAGCUGUUAUCAUCUGUGCUAUCGUUUGGGUCUUAACCAAGAAGGCAAAGAAAAAGAAGUCAUCAAGUAAUGAAAUGCAAGUAAUGGCUCAGAAACAAUCCAACGCAGAGUAUGCUCAGGUACCUAAUGAAGAAAAUACACCUGCAACCGCAGUUCUACCAAGCAAUGCGACAAAUGAACAACCUAGUGCUGAUGAAGCAGCAGCAUCUGAAACACCAGAAAACGAUGAGAAGCAUGAAGUGCAAAAAGAAGAAACAGCGGGAAGUUCAUUUUAGUACAGUUUUCCUCAUUGGCUUUGGAUCACAUUAUAAAAAACAAACAAACAAACAAACAAAAACAAAAAACGUCACUGAAUUAACAUAGCAUUGUAGCUAAACUCAUUUGUAUUGCGAACCACUGGACUGCAGAUUGAAAAGGAUGGUACAGACAUACUUCAUGAACAGCAGAUUUGGCCUUUAAAGUUAACCAAAUUUAACUCAUUACCUAGUUAAACAUACAUGUAAGUAUAAAAAGACUACCAUCUGCAAUCAUCCAAUCUAGUUUGCAAAGCUAAUCAGAAAACGGUCACAAUCUUUGGAGAAAGUAAGAACUUCCCAGUCAACUACAAGGAAAGCUGUGUGUGUCCAUACAGUUCAGAACCACAGAAGCCUUCUCCACACACCGUUUCCUGUGCACUGAGAUCCACCAUCACAGCCAUUACAUUGCUGUGUUUAAAAGAUCUGGUUUUGUACUUCAGAAGUAAGAUCAAGCUUCAUCGGAGUGCAAAAACAGAUUUAAAGACUUGGACCAAUGAAAUCUUAUAAGUCCAAAUUCCACCUGAAAUUACAAAUAAAAAAAAAAAGUCAGGGAAACUUUUACCGUGUUACCAAACAUGGGGUACAACUUUGUUAGCAAUGACCUUCUGACUUUAAAGAUCCCAAGACAUCAGUGUUCCUGAGUCGUGCAUUUCAGCAGUUCUGGUUUUCAGUUUAAUGGAAUUAGCAGUUGGGUACCCACUUCACACCUCAGCUGACUGGUUUCCAGACAGUGGGAGCUGGAAACUCAGAUCCUUUAUCAAAUCUAGGCACACAGAGAAGCAGAUUCCCCAUGAAAAGGAGAUGUAUCUGCUCUCAAACCUCAGAAAUGAAUACUGCCAGCUAUAAACACAUCAGCUUCUUUUGCCUGAGAUGACUUAACGACAAAGUCAUGCUAGUACUCUUCUGAUCUCUUUAGCCCAGUGUAACUUUGUCCAUUUUCUGUAGGUAAAAGCUUCAGGAGGAAUGGUAAAUAGUGCAUCCACAAUGACAGACAACAGUUGAGUAGAGAGCUCUCUAUUGGAAAUGGCAAUUGAUCCAUAAACACUGACCACGAGACACUUGUCUAGUGAAGCAGACAACCUCCUCUCUCUUGGCCCACAUUCUAAAGAUGAGCAAUCCUGUUCAGUUCUUCAGAAGGGCAAAGCAAUCUGCUUUCAGAAGAGUUGGAGGACAAAGGGAUUCCGGUUCAGGUCUGUUCAAGGAACAGACACUCAGACUCAGCAGCUCCCUUAUGUUCUACAUGAGGCAGAUACUCCUUGAAAUAAGGAGACACUGCUUUCAGUCUUGUGCACUGCAGAGAAAUGUAUCUGACUGAGGGAUCUGCUGUGUUUGGGCAUUUAAGUCUCGUAUAGGAUCUACUAUUCAUAAAUCCUUUGGUGACUGUUCUUAGCCUGUACCUAUUAGUUAUAUACCUCAUUCAUCUUUAAAAUAGAUGAUAUAAAGAUACAACCAUGCUAAAAUUUUUCAGUGCAGUUGCUACAGCUAAGUACUUCCACCAACAUGUAAGGCAUGAGGUCGUAAUCAAAAUUGAGGUUGAAUCACAAAACGUAACUGUAUUCAUUGUUCUUUCCACACAGUUUUGUAGCUUUGAAGAGAUUUGCUAUGUGUGUUCCAGCCUUUAGCCUCAUUCUAGAGGAAGAAAGCAUUUACAACAUUCUGGUAACGUUGCUUUAGCUAAGAACUGCUCCUGACAGAACACACACCAAAGCCUUACUCACGCCAACACCGCCUCAUUCUAUAAGCGGAUCUUUACCUUCAUUUAUCUCUAAAAUACCCAGCGUAAGCCACAACCUGUAUAUAUGCUUCUUCUUAAUCAGGAGCUUCUUUUAUUAAAUCUCAGAUUUUACUCAGCAAAAUCUGCAAACUUUAACCAUGCAAUCUAGCUGUAGAGGCUUAAUGAGUAUUUUUUAGAUUCACGCCCGAAUAGUUUCAUAGGCACGCAACAAUCUGUCACUAAGCAUGACCAGUAACAGCAAGAGUGCCAUUUGGGUGCCAUUUCUUAACAAUGAUGUUGCUUAAUGAGAUAAUUCAAAUGAAUGAUUGGUCCAAGGAGGCCCACUACUUGGCUGACACUGGCAUUAAUUUUAAAUAGCUUCUUCUCAGAUGCUCAUAGGCCUAUUUCUACUCUCGCCUUUCAUGGACGAAUAUACACAACUCUCUUCAUGAUACUGCUUUGGUUGUGUUAGUUCUAAAGUAAUCUCCUGUAUUGUGUCAAUUAUAUUUUUCUUACUGUAACAUUUGUAUAAAUUUCAGGUCUCCACGAUACCAAUGUGAUUGUAUGGGGGAGAGGGGGGAAUUAUAUUAUGUGGUCACUAUUAUCAGUUUUCCUCAUCUCAUCUCCACACAUUUCUCUGCGUGUAUUCCUCAUUUAGCUCACCAGAGUACACCAGGAGCUUACUCUGGUGACUUUGUAUUAGCUGUACAACGUAAUUAGAGUUCCUAGACCACCACAUUUGCUAAAAAAAUAGAACUUGCUCAAGUUAUGUUAAUGCUUUAUAUAAAACAAAGGAUGCAAGUUCUUGAUAAACAACCCCUCCCUUACUUCUACCCAGCAGAUAGCAACAAAACAAAAACCUGAAGAAACAAAUGGAAAAAAGCAGAACAGAUUGCUGGGGAUGAGGAAAAUAACAAAUACAUUUGUUUGGGGUUUCCUAAUAUAAAAAUGUUUCUGUAAGCUUUCUCACAGAUGUUUGUCCUCACUAUGAAGUUUCUCUUGUGUAAAAUAAUUUAUAAUAAAGAACAGGGCACUGUUUGCAGCUUUCCAGUGAUGCUUUUGGCAAAGCUCAAGCCAAAUUAGAUACUGGUGCAUGGCAUGUAGCUCAAAAACCCUGCAGAGCUAUGCAGAAUGCAGUCUUUCAGAAUUUGCCUUGGAUGUUCAAAAAGUCUUUCCUGCAUGGACCAUUUAUCUCCUCCUGAGGGAGCAAGGAUCAUUACCAUGGAAAGUAGGUAUAAGCCGACAUUUGAGCCAUCAUCAUCCAGGGAUGUGGAUUUACAGAGCUAUAGAACUAGGGCAGUUUUAGAGUGUUUUUCUUUAUUUCUUUUCUGUAUAAACAUCAAGGACCAACAAGAAACUGUACCUUCAGCUUUUCUCAAUUCAAGUUUUCAGCAGCAUCUGCAUAAUAUAAUAAGAAACAACAUUUACUCAGUCAAGUUUCUGCUUCCAGCAAGGCCUGCAGAGCCAGGGGUUACUGUAAAGACAAGCUUCUGCCACUGCUCUCAGUUGCUAUUCUCAAUGAAAUUUAACCUACAUUUUUCUUUCUAGGAUAGAGAAAGUAGUUGGUAAAGAUAUCUGUUUAGUUUUAAGUUUCUGUCUUGCUCAUCAAAAUGAAGUGCAUUAACUUAAUUCCUACCAGUUAGACCGUAGAAACUGUCAUCUUCUGCUUCAGCACUUCCUUGCAGCUGAAAAAACCCCUGUUCUAUCUCCAUACUGUGUAAGAGAUGGCAGGCUUUCAGCUGACUUGCUCAUUUUGUCCCAUGCACAAAAGCUAUUUUAGAAAAUCUUGGUUUUGUUACACAUAAGUUUAAUAAAGUUUUAUAACAUCAA